UGGAAAUGACUGGGGAAGGUGAGCGUUGAAUUUGGAGGCGAAGAAAUCAUGGCAAAAUGUAUCUGUUUUCUUCAAGUCCUUGUCACCAAUUGUCAAUACAAUGAACGUUAGGCAAUUGUCUUCCUUCUGAGGAGAAAUAGGUAAAAAAUGGAAGGAGAAGAUGACAAAAACGACGUGGUUUAUUCGAGUGGAGAUGAAGGUGGUGCGAGUGUCAUGUCGGAAAGAGUGUCCAAUCUUGCUAACAGUAUUUACAGCGAGUUUGAGCGAAUGAUACAAAAGUACGAUCAAGACGUUGUUUCAGGACUUAUGCCGCUCAUGGUAUCAGUCUUAGAACAGCUUGAUAGCGCUUAUGGAGACAAUAACGAACAACUUGUGGAACUGGAAAUUCUGAGUGAUGAUAACGAGCAACUUAUAACGCAAUAUGAAAGGGAAAAGCAGCUACGAAAGCUGGCUGAAAACGUAAGUGAAAUAAUCCGUACUUUUGUGAAUAUUCAGCUAUGAUUAUCGAAAUUGAAGUCUUUUGUAUUUAAUGACGAAUUUAGUCAUUGUCUGAGUUGAUAAUUUCUAACUUUCAGUGUGAUCUACCUGUUCGAUGCAUUUGAGCAAUUUUGCAUUAGUACGUGGAAUACUAUUGGAAUUAAUACUAUGUUCCACUGCGAUUUUUUUUAUUGUUGUUGACUGAAAAGUUUCGUGAAUUUUAAGCCAUGUUUUUGUGGUCAAUAAUUCAUCAUUAGUUAUUUUUUGCCUUUAUUUCGAAAGAUCUACGUAAGGCGUUGUCUUUUCGGCAAUUUUGUAGCUUCGAUUCUAAACUUUAAUUUUGAAGGUUGUUACUCUUUUUAACCUACAAAAGUAGAAAUUGAGUAUUCUGAUUUAAUCGUAUUAUGAUAUAUUUCUUCAUCACCUUGCAGUAAGCUUACUUACAUAAUAAUUUGCUUGUGGGGUAACGAUUUUAAGCGUAGUGCUCUUAGUUUUAGCCCGUGACUCUCAAAGGAUAUAUUUUUGGAGCCAAAUGUAAAUUUUAAAGCUUUACAUCAACGGAAAUAUUCUAAGAACAAUUGAAAGAAGUGAUUUAUUCGCAGCAGCUGAGAAUAUUUUCAAUGCGUUUUCAUUGAGCGGAAUACACGUGGGUACAGUUGUGUCUGAGAUCAACAAUUUUUAAAUUACAGCAAAGGUAAACAUUGUUCAGUACGAUUUGUGUACUUCUUCACUACUUCGGCGACGCAAUUUUAAACUUCAAAAUAAAAAUAGUUUUAGUAUUUACAUCAGACCAGGAUUUAUCAUUCAAAACACUGUAAAUCCUGAUUGUGAUCUUUGGGGUUUUCAAACCUCCACAAGGGGUAAACUAUUUACCUGCAAAGGUUACAGGAAAAUUGAUUAUUGGAGGCACUUAGCUCUAUAACUUUAUAUUUUACAUGCAUAUGAGGAGUCACAUCUUUUUCAGCUUUGAAAUUCAUACAGAUAUAUAUUUUCUAUAACAUUUUCCUUGAUGUGAAUGAAGGAUUAAAUAUAGGUUGCUGUGAAUUCUGCUUAAUCUUUGGUUUGAACUUUUGAGUUUUUCUUUAACACAAGGUCGAUGGGUCAGGUUACGGGUCAUUAGAGCUUGUUGUUUUAGAAAAUAGUGUCAUUAAUUUCCCUUUGUAACAGUUGAUGAUACCUUAAUAUCCACUUUAUAAACCUCUCACAACAUGUGCAAGUCUGAAUAUUAAUUUAACUAUGAAUUAAAUCAAUUAAAUUUUCUUAAGAUUUUUUGGAAUUUUUAAUGCCAAUGAGCUUUUGUUUUAUGGUGGGGUCGGGGGAGAGGGUUAAACCUUUAAGCCCUAAGAAUGGUCAGCAUGAAAUUUGUCCUCAUAGUAUCAAUGCUUUAUAAAACAGAGUCAUCAGGAGAAUUGAGGACCUGAUCAGGAAAGAUGAAUCUAAUUGAUACUUUAACAAAUUCUCCCCACUACUUCUAUUGAAAACACAGAGGGACAACAAAUGAGAAUAACAAUUUUGAUAUUAGGGUUGAAAGGGUUAAGGGGCAGGGAAGGGUAGUGGUAAGAUGGAUUAGCCAAACUCUUCAAUCAUUAUAUACUAGGGUGCAAAGAAAGUCAGUUUUACAGCUUGCCAUUUGGGCAGGCUGUAGCUACAGUCUCAGACAAAAAUAGUUGGGACACUUUAACCAAACGCUGUUUUUUCCCUUCUCGUGCUCCCCUCGUCCCUCUCAAAGUUGUUUAUCGCGGUUUGGUCACCAAAUCUUGUACACCAACAUUGAGGGGACAAGGAGACCCCAAAGUGUCCCAACCAUUUUGACUGAGACUGUAGCAUGUACUAGCCCAAAAGUCAUUUCAUCUAGCCCGAAAAAAAAAUUAUGAUGAGCAUUGGUUACAGUUCUUCUGUAAUUUGAAUUCCCCCGAAAAAUUUCAUUUUCCCAUCGGGCAAGUUAAGAACAGAAAUCACUAGCCCGAUAGCAAAAUCCACUAGCCCUGAGCUAUUGGACACCACUUUCUUUGCACACUGUAUAUGUUGUGGUUCAGUUUUAUCCUUAGUUUAAUUUUUAUUUUCCUUUGUUUUUGGGCAUGUUUAUAUAUGAUAAUGAGUUUGAAACAAAGGAAAAUAAAAUUCAAACCAAGGAUAAAAUUGAACCACAACAUAUACACUAUGAAUUUUUUUCACAUUCUUCUUUCUUCGCACUAUGAGCCUUUGUAAAUACACUUCGCUGCAAAAGAAGGCUCUAAGGAAUAUAUAAGGGCAACAGAAUUUAAAGGGCUCGAAUUUAAUGGUAACCUGUUAACCAAUGGUUAGUAGUUUUCAACAUUUGUUGGCAAUAAUGUGUCCAAGUGACCAACAUGGCUCAAAGCAAAAUUUCGUUUUUGAACACUGGCAUGGAGGACUCAAGAAAGCAGUGAGAGGAAAAAUGUAAAUAAGGGCCAAUAAUCUGCAUGAAUGGAAAAAGACAUGUUUCUGGUUACAGUCCAAUGAGGUUAAAAAUGGGGAGGGUAGCGCAUAAAAUUUGUGUCAAAUAACCCAGAGGGUGAGUUAUCCAAAUGCUUGAAUUCGAGUCCUGAUUUGCUAUUGUUUCGCUAUUGAGCAUCAUAAUUUUGUAUUUAUUAUGCACUCAGAAAUACCUUGAGAUUGAAGAUCAGAUAGAAGUUGAAAAGAGAGAUACCCAGAAACAAAUUGAUUCGCUGGAACAUGACAAUAAGAGUUUGGAGGCUCGUAUCAAGAGCUAUCAGGAUCAUGGUGAGUUUUAAGUCACAUUUAGUGAAUAGUUAAAUCAGUAUGAAAUUAAACAAUAAUUAAAUCAAGGGAAAAGGUGGAGGGGGAGGGGCUAACAGCUCUAUUUUGGAGAGAAGAAAUUGACAGUAAAAGACAAGCCUAAUUUUCAAGAAAAUGGCUCUCUUUCAGGGUGUUCAUUAGGCAUUGGAGAUUGGAGAAUUCUCCGUUUACUAGGCAGAAUUCUCCAGCAAACAUUUGGUAGCCUAUGACUAUAUUUUUUUUGGACGUGGAGCCUCUUUCAAAAUAUUAUCCUGUAACGUUACCCCUUUCUCCUGCUACUAGAAUUCUUAAAGAAAACCCCGGCUUUCUCAAAUGAAUCCCUGGAACGUGUUCAUGGCGGCCACUCUCCUCAUUUAGCAUUUGGAUCAUUCUUUUACCCCCAUCUCCUCCCCCUUUAUUCUUCCAAUGAUAAAUCAGUGCGACAGGUGCCUGGUUCCAUUGACUAAGGGACUUAUGGCUGGAGGGCGCGGGUUUGCCAGCCGUGGGGGCAUAACUCAGUCUAGGGGCUGGCUGUGUCAAAGGUGGAAGGCCCUGGAAAUCCCGGGCACCCACCUCCACUAAGCGACGAUAUUGUUAACUAAGAUGAGCAAGAAGGCGCCCCCAGCAAGCAAAAUGUGAGAAAUGCUUGCCAAAAGAAAAAGCUGGAUUUCACGUUUUUUAAGCCCAGGUGCUUAUACUAGGGAAUCUGUCAUAACUAUAGUCAGAUGAAAAAACAAACUGACUUCAUUGUCAUACAUCAUUAUCUUGAUACAUACUUUUAGGUUUCUUACAAUAGUGACAAAUCUCUCUCUUUACAGUUGAACGUCAGGAUGAGAGAAUCUCUGAGAUGAAGCGUGAAUACCACACACUUCAUGAAAGACACUCUGAGGUGCAAUUAUAUACACAAUAGUAGGCCAUAAAUAAAUAUUUUUUCCAGGAGUCACUUGGCUCUUAAAUAUUUCAAAACAAAACAGGAAAUGGUUUUACUCUGUGUUUGUUUUAGGUGUAUGUUGUAGUUAAUUUUUUAUUUCAGUUAAUGUAAGGUAAUGUAUGCUAAUGAAUUAAAAACAAAGGAAAAACAAAAAUUAAGUGAAAUGAAAAAUUAACUGCAACAUACAUCCCCUCCAGAAUUACCAGGUUUCAUCAUAUUCUGGUAAUAUGCAUGGUAGAUGUCCAGUCUGUCUUAAAGUAAACUCAGGAGGCAUUACAAGAGACUAUACAACAAAUAUUCUAGUUUUUUAUGACAUCAAGCAACAGCCUUUUUGUUGACUUAAGUGGCGAUCAGUUCCUCAGAUUAAUUUUUACACAUUUUCAAGGAUUCAUAAGGUCUUCUAUUCAAGGUGUGAUAGAGGAUUCUAGUCACCAAAAUGGCAAUAUAUUUUCAGCUUUUGUGCCAGUGUGGAAAAUUAAGGUUUAUUGGUGUCCAUGUUAGGCAAAAUUUGAUUCCAUGUGAUGUUUGAAUGCUAGUUUUAAUGAAAUAAAUGAUUGCCUAAGAAAGAGUGAUUCAAAUUACUUUUAAGAAAGUACUUUCUUAAUUGAACCGUCCUAAUACAAUAAUAAUUAUUGUAUUUUGGUCUCCAACUGUUACCCAUUGCCAUUGUCAGGAGGAAAUAUUUCAUGUAAGUGCCAGAAACCAAAGCAAGUUUCACCUGAUUUUAUUCACAAGCUAAGUUACAGUUGCUUCUACUGAUUGUAGCUCCUUCAUCAGCACAUGGAAAGGCUACAAAGAGAUGACAGAAAAGGUCCAGGAACACCUUCAGAUGGCACACCAAGGACACCCUUUAGGUAUCCCACAAGUACAAAUAAAUGUUAUGAUAAGUGAUCAUCAGAGAAGUUUCUGUAGGGAUAAAAAUUUAUUUAAAGAGUAUGGUUGGGGUGAAAAUUUCCAAGUUGAUCACUAAAUGCCAUUUGCCGAAUUAUGAAGACAAUCACAUUACUCCAUCCACCCAUUUUAAAUUUUAUCUCCUCCACUUCCAACAGCACAGUGUAAUUAUGUAAGUGUGUGAAAGUUUAUAUCUUAAAUUUUUGUAUUUUGCUCUGCUUGUUUUUGGCAUUUGCACAAAGCACUCCUAUAACAAAGUAGAGCAACAGGUUAGAGGUAUACUAUUUCCUUGGUUAUCUUGCUAAUGAGGAACUUUGUAGUCAGCUUUGGUCCUUUUUACCGCAACGUACUUCUGUCAAUUAAUAUUGUCCAUUAUGCUAAAGUUUCAAUAUUUUUGUUUUCUGUAGCAGGCCAAGAGCCACUUCUAAUACUGAUUCCCCACAAUCCCCAUCAUUGGGUACUCCAGUAAAUUCUCUAGGGGAAUUGAUUCCCCCUGAGAACUCCCCAAGACCCAAGACUCCUGACACAGAAAUGCCACUGUUUCCAAUCAAGGUGAAUGCAAAUGAGCUGUCUCUCGAGGAAGAACAGCUUGCUAAUGAAAGAAAAGGUAGGUGUCUUGUCAUGCUGAUCUAGUUUCAGGGCAAUGCAAAUUGUAGCCUGUGCCACAGAUGGAUCUAAACUUCUGGUUCAGUCUUUUUGUGCACCAGGCCCAAAAUCCUUUUCCUGGGUCCCCACCUGUGUAACAGGAUUUGGGUCUGGGCCAGGGCUGUCAAUAAGGGCUGGUAGCCGGCCAAAACCGCCAGCUAGUUAGCCAUCCUUAGCCAGCUACUUUUAUCUCCUUCUACCAGAACUGCUAACAAAAAAUAAACACCAUCAAAUAAAAUUGUAAAGCAUCUGUUUCCCAGUUUUGAAUGACACUGACCUCAUAUUUAAACAGGUUUAGAUAUGUGGAACGUUUGAACCGUGCGAUGUUGUGGAUUGCGUGGGACAUUUCAACGGCAUUGUUCCCAGUGUUGCAUGUAUUUUGACGAAAAAACAUGGCAUCUGCAGUGGAAAAUACCUCUUGAAAACCCCUGAAAAUGCCAUUUUCGAGAUUCUAAAUUUCAAAAUGUUCCUAGAUCCCUGGUCCCUCAAGAACUUGUGCCUUUGGUGUGAGUUCGAAAGCUGACUACCAGCCAUUACAAGCCCGCUACUUAAAAACUUUUUGACAACUCUGGUGUGGGCCCUGAUUGGCCUGUUAAAAAGCCAUUGCUAAAACACCUUUCUAGUAAUUUGUUGAGCCUGUUUCGGGCCCAGAACAGGGCUAUUGGCACUGCUUAUAGGCAAUUUAAAAAGCUGAUAAAAAAAAGUGUGGUGGAAUCUUGAUUAUUUGUUCUCAGAGGAACUGGGGUAAAAAGCUUGGGAAAUGAAAAAGACCAGGUAAUUGAAAAGAUAAACAUUUGUCUUGUAGUGACCGUGUCCUCAUCAUUUCUGCCAUCAUUUGUCCUGCAGCAUUGGCUAGAAUUUAAUAAUAUGAUCUAAAAUAAUUAAAGGUUAGGGAAUUGCAUGCAAGAUAUAUUUGAAUUGCUCCAAUACUGUGCUUUGCGUAAGGUCAAAAUGUGCAUGAUCAGUUUACAAGUGACAGAAGGUCCAAACAAGUCUAAAUGAAUGCUGGUUACAUUCAAGCUGCAGUGUUCUCCUUAUAGGGAGGUAACUGGUAAAAUUUACCUCUUGAAGCAACACUUCUUACAGUCUGCAACCCGCUUGAAGGUUUACUAAAAUUAAAUAAACUGUUUUAAAAAAUGAACAAGUUGUGAUCCGAUCUGAUUCUCACAAGGAAAUGAAUGAAUAUAUCAUUAUGGAAAACUACUUAAGUAUACACAGCUUUUCUUUUUAUGGGCCAUGUAAUUUGAAAAGAGAACAUUGAAGAUAGCGUAAAAUUAUUGGAAUCAAACAUUUUAAAUAAUGUUGUCUAAAGAUAACAACAGCCAAUUUGCGUAAAAUAGGAGGGAAUGACAUUUCAGAGAACUUACCCCCUAAAUUUCCAAGCGAGGGUGGGCUGUGUCGCUCACUACAGUCUUGACAAUUUGAAUGGAAUUAUCCAAUUUCUGAGCUGAAUUAUAAACAUCUGAACAAUAUAAGGUAUUUUCUGUAUACAAUGAUAAUAUUUUCCCAUUUUUUCUUGAAUUUAAUGUGUUUUCCAUAGAGAACUUCACUGGACGUUACAAACAAUGUCGUGCAUGACCAACCACGACAGUAAAGCUGGUAAAGUGACCCGAGUGGUGGGGUAACCCUACCUGAGAAAUUUUCAUGUAAACCAGAGUUAACUUUAAAAACCACUUGCUAGGGUAACCCUAACGCAAGGGUUACCCUCUCUCCUUGUAAACAGGCCCUAAGAAAAUAAAUAAAUAAAAAGAUUCAGAUGACACAUUUCUUAUACCUACUGCUCACAGUAUUUACAGGGCUAAUUUGACGGAUAGUUUUUUUCUUGGUUUACUUUGUGUAGCUAAAGGGAGUGACAAUACAUCUCGAGAUGCAUCUCCUGCUACUCAGAAUGGUCAAAUAGCUGAUGGUGAAGUUUGUAUUUCCCCAAGUGCCACUGCUGGUAAAGUGGAUUUGAACAGUAGCGAUGUUGUGACCAAAGGUUCGCGUUCAAGCACAACAAGUUCACUACAAAGUUUAGAUACCAAUACCUGUAAUGUUUCAGACGUGGACAACAUGCCAAUCAUGACUGUGACAGAUGUUGAAAGGGCAAUGUCUGGAGAGGCCCAUUCCCCACCUGAUGGAGACUUUGUUCAUCUGAGUAAUGAUGCAGUAGCCAUCAUGGCCUCGACACCUGAACUGAACCCUAAUGUUUCAUCCUCCCCUAUUGACGUAGUUAGGAGAGCAGGGUCCAGGCAAGCUGAACGUCCAAUUUCCUUGGACUUGGAGUCACUGCCAGAAGGAGUAAGUGCACACUCAAUAUUUGCAGAACUAUCCAGUCAGGAACCUGACAUUAUUGGGCAGGUGGACACGGGUGCUGAUAUUACAGCCAUGGUAGGAGAAUUGGACACAGUUUUGAAAGAAAACAAAGAGUUACUACAAGUCAAGUAAGCCUGGCUUUUCAAGAAUUCCAGUAAAAUAUUUUUUGCAUAAAAAUCUGUUAGACUGUAGUUAAUCCUUCUAUUUAUGGUUUACCUUCUAGAACCAGGCUUGUUACCCAAAAGAAUGACCUUCUUAAAAGGGUUGAAGAAUUGUCAAAGUAAGUAAGCCUCAUUAACUGUUAAUGUGAGGAUAAGAAUUUAAAGCUACUUGAUAAUUUGUCGCAGCCACCACACCUGCUGGCAGAAGUAUUUGAAACACCUGGUGAAAAGGCAAAAAUGUUCCCCAAAUGUCAUCUAUUUGUCACAAAUUUGUUUUACUUUUUGCCUUGAGUUCUUUGCGUUCACAUAUUUGGAUAUAAAGAAGGCAGAAUCAUCCUUAAAGUAGCUUUAGAAGUAGUCAUGAGCCAACUUUGUUUCAGUAAGAAUAUCACUUUUUUUUCUCUAUAAAUUGUAGGGAGUUUUUUUUCACAUUUCCUCCCCACUGGCAUCCUGUUAGAGCUUGGACUGACUUUAAGAUACUGCUGCUUACAUUUAAAGUAAUUCAUGGCCUUGCUCCUAAAUAUCUGAGUAAUUUAUCAAGCUUUAAGUAAUCUUCAUAUAACCUUAGAUUUUCAGGUAGUAUUUUACUUUCUACACCGGAUGUUUGAACUAAAACUUCAUUAGGUGACAGAGCUCUGGAACAUCUCUUCCCAAAGAGCUUCUUGCAAUUACAAAUGUCUGAAGAAGUAUUUUUUGAGAUCUGUGUAUUGGUGAUUGAUUUUAUUUUAUUUACGUAAUUUUUGUGCAUAUAAACUUUAUAUUUUUUAUUAUUAUAUAGAGACGAGUGUUUUACUGGAAAAUAUGCCACUCGUAAUAUUCAUAAAAACUACAUCCGGGACCCGAGUGGUUUAUUUUCCAUAAUCUCACACGUGAGUUUAUCAAUGAAGUAAUUUCGGUAAUUUCCCUCCAAAAUUUGUAGGCGUUUUGCGUCCUUUGAAUUUUAAUUACCCAUUUUUCAAAAUUUUGCUUAUAUUUUGUCAUUGUAGAGCCCUGUUCAGCUCAGUGUUAUUUCUCAAGAUUAUUGUAAACAAUGUCAUAUAUUGCUGUACUGUAAAUUUGAGCUGUCACAAUUACUUUUUGGCGAAUAAAAAUCUAUUAUUUUAUCAAUGUCUUUUUGUCUAUAUAAUAAAAAGAACAUUACACGACGGCUUGAAGAUAUGAACUUUAUUUUCUCGUGGCAAAAACAAUAUUUUACGAACGAGCACAGCGAGUGAGUAAAAUAUUGAUUUGCCACGAGAAAAUAAAAUUUAUAUCUUCAUGCCAACGUGUAAUAUCCUCUAUUUAUCUUUUUUCUGUCCCUCGUAAUGCAUUGUGGGUGUAAUGCACAACUGAUCAUUCUCAUGUUAAGUUGCACACAUUAAGUUCGUACAUUAUUAUUAUUAUUAUUAUUAUUAUUGUUAUUAUUAUUAUUAUUGUUAUUAUUAUCAUCAUUAUUAUUAUUAUACAAGCAUUCUAUUUUUUGCUCAUAAAGAUGUCCGCUUCUUAACAUGUCACAGUUAAAUUGAAAUGCUAAUCUGCAACUGGGCAGAAUUUUGCUUUAUGUGUGGCCAUUUUUUUACAUAAUUAUUCUAGUGAUAAGGAGCUGGCUAGAGAUGAAGUUGAAGCCCUUCAGGAUACCAAGAACAGGCUGACAACUCACAUCUCAGAGCUUGAACAACAACUCAAGAGGUAGCUUUGAACUAUUAGUUUCUUGUGAUAAAAGAUAAUUAAAAAUGUUUUAAAUCCAAUGUAACGUGCAUGUUUCUUAAUUCAAUAUAACUUGACAGUUCAGUUCAGAAUUAUAAUAAGUGAAUAAAUAGCUUUACUAGGGCUGGUAUUGAGUUUGUAUCAAAUUUUAGGGAUUAAAAUUGGGAUUUGUUAUUUAUUUUUAUAAAUAAAAAGCAAGUGAAAGUGAUGAGAUGAAGGAAAAAUUUUUAUCUCCUGAUGAUGUCAUUGUGUAGUUUCACAUAUUAUAAUAUAUGAAGCAACAUUUUGCAAAUAAUUGCAAAUACGGUGAAAACCCACAAGAACCUUGUUUUUAUGAAACUGUUACGCUGAAAACGUGACCCCCUCUAUACCUUAACCGUUUAAGCAAAAAUUUGAAAUAUAUUCUGAGCUUUUAAAUGUAUUUUAAAAAAAUGUGACUGUAAACUUGCGCAAAUAAGACACCUCAACAUUCAGGAUGUUCUUAGAUGUAGAUGCCCUAUCACUCCAAUUGACAUGUAAACGCAAAUGUGAAAAAAAUUUUUUAUUUCUUAUGUGAACACUUAAUAUGUGGCUGAAGACCACUAAAUUCUAUUAGCUACAAUGCAAUUUAAUUUUUCUUCAGAAAAAUAGAACCUAUUUAAAAAUCUAAAUGGUAUGUAUGGUUACAGGCGCAAAAUUCAGUUUACAUUUUUCUCUCCUUAGGGUUAAAAUGGAUGCCGAAAAAACAACUGUUGCAUUAAAAGAGGUAAAUAUACUGCCUUCAGUAUUGGAACUAACACUGGUGCCAAAUAUACAAUUCUGUUCUAUGCAGAGAAAUGUUUCUGCAACAUGUAUUUUUGAAAUUAAUGUAGAGUCAACUGAUCAAUUGUUUGGAGAUAUAGCUUGUGGAUUCUAUUUAUUGUUUCGAAGCAUUUGGAACAUUUCUGGUAAAUAUUUAGACCAUUUGAGAGUGUUGUUUUCUAGGCUAGUGUGUCAGCAGCUCAUCGAAAGAGGUUCACACGAGUAGAAAUGGCCAGAGUGCUAAUGGAGAGGAAUCAGUACAAGGAAAGACUGAUGGAACUUCAAGAAGCUGUGAGAUGGACAGAAAUGAUCAGGUACCUAUUCAAUAAAACAGUAGUUGAACUUCUUCAUGUACUGCUGAUGUUUUGUUGAACUCCGACUAAACUUAUAUAAUACCAUAACUGGAAAACUGGGAAAACAAAAUGUUAGGUAAUCAUGGCUUUUUAUUACUACCAGUAGUUUUACAAAGCUGUAUUCUGUCAGUGUACAAACAGUUAGAAUUUUGUAUACAUUUGACAUUUCAAAAGUAUAAUUCAGGGUGGUUGUAGCUCAAUUCCUUUGAAAUAUGAAUCAGAGACCAGGUCGUAACCUUAAUUCCAUUUUCAUCUUUAACAUACCUGUUUCUCAGUACUCCUGAAGUAAUAAUCUUUUAAUUUUGUAGGGCAUCAAAGGAGAGAAACCUUGAAUUGCAACAGAAGAAGAAAUCAUCCAUUUGGAAAUUGUAAGUUGCAUGGUUCUUGUGAAGUAAACAAGGAGUAAUGUCAAAAAGGUUACACUAAGUCGCAGGCAACUUUUGCAGCUCUUAUAAAAAUCUUGAAGGGGGAUUUUAUUCUUCCUAGGUUCAAAGCGACAUUUGAACUUACUGGAUGCUUCCUGCAUAAGCCCAACUUUAUCUCAAAAAUUGACAUGUUAUGUCGGCUUUGCAGAACAUUUUCAAGAACAUUUUGAAAAGGGUGAACGAAAGAGUUUGGAGGAGAGUGGUUUUAAGCUGAUACUGCCAAAAUAGAUAGAUUUAAAAAUCUGCUGAACAGUUAAGGUUACCAGAUAUCUUCAGGGGUGUCUCGUUUGCAAGUGAUAAAGCAUGUUCCAAGUGAAACUGCUUAUUAUAGCUUAUUGAACUGGGUAUCAUUAAUAAACAAAUAAUUUAAAAAAACCCUGAAGUGUUGAUUGUUUUGUGAUUACAAUAUUAUUCACCCACACUUAGUGGAGCUAAUUGAGGAACAGGGGAAGAAGUCCUGCAAUCAUUUUUGUACUUAGUAAAACUGGAAUCACCUGCUUUGGAAUGACAUAGAACAAACUAACCACAAAAUAAUUUUGCUAUUAGUUUCAGCAACCUAUUUGGUCCAUCUCCUAAGAAACCUGCUCCUCCCAUGGUCAGUAUCAGAUACAACUCUCCUCAGUUGGAGGGAGAGAAGCCUCCUGCCUCUCGACGUAGUAAUUCUUUGGAUUCAGGAUCUGCACCUGGUGCUGCCGCUGCAACUUCUGGUGGUGGAGGAUUUGGCAGCGAAAAGUAAGACAAAAAUAAUCGUUGUAAAAAGCUUUCUUUACAUUUGUAUUAGUGGCUCUAUUAGCAGCAUAGCAGAGCACCAAGCACACUCUGCCAUCGAGUUUGUCAUUGACACUUCUGUAACAGUUGUUUUUUCAGUGUAGAGGAAUUGUUCCAAUCCCAACUCUUUAGCCUUAAGGAGGGGUGGUCCAUUGUUUUACUGUAAAUCCUUGGUGGAAAGUGCUUGUUAUAAAUUAAGAAAUUUAAUAAAGCCAAGUGUUCAGCACUAUUUGUAAGCAUCAUUUGAAAUAGGGAAAUUUUCUAUUUGACAACAUUGAAGGUCAUUGGCUUUUUAAAAUGACUGACAUUGCAUAUAAAAACAACGUUUAAGCUUCCCUUUAAUUUAGAAAGCUGUUUGAACGUUUCAGUACCAGCAGAACACUUUUCCUGGUAUCAAUAGAUUAGUGUUUUCUUUUUCCAUAUUUCCAUCAGUGUUCAAUUUGCAACUAUCUCCUCAAGUUACACACUCCCACGAGAGACCUCUGAAUCAGUGAGUCUCAGGCUCAGUAGCCUGUGCCAGGCUCUGAGAUAUUAUAGUGGGACGCGUGCUACUUGGGAAAGGGGGCAGUGGUGGCAGCCCCCGCUCGUUUUUUGCAUUUCUUUUUGCUGAACAACUUUUCACCACUAUCUCAGAGCCUAGAAUGGGCUACAGACUCAGGGGUGAGUGAUCUAUGAUGGAGACAGAUGAAUUUCAUUCUAGGGGGUACUUAUUUAAGAUAAUCAGACUCUGUCAAGGUUCUUGAAGCUUAGACUUCUUCUACUAUCUGGGACCAUGUUCAUUUCAUUAAUUCAUUCUAUUUUCUUUCAUCUGUAGCUUUGACAGGCAGAGGCUUGUUGACAGAAGAGAGCGCUACAGACAAGUUAGGGCAUUUCUCAACUCAGGUAGGUCUGUGCUAAAACAUUAAAUUCAGGUUUUUGGAUUUUUUGACUGUAAAUCACCAGAAAAAAAGUCUUGUUUCUCUUAAGAAUGACAAAUGCAGUGAAACUUUCUCUGCUUUCUCUGUUUUACAAAACAUAAUGCCAAUUUUAUCGAAGAUUCAACAUUUUGUCCUACUACCGUCCAAUUUUUUCUUAACAGACAACUUUAUAAGAUGAACACCUCUGUAAAACAGACACCUAUUGUUGGUCCUUGCCUUUCUUUACUCCCGUUAUUCUGCUCCCUAUAGGACGGACAUCACUCUUAAAUUACAGUGUCCGUCUUAGAGCGAGCUGGAGAGAAAACAGUUAGAAAAGCUCUCAGCAGCAUCCACCAUGUGAAUGAAGGAUUGCAUUCAAAAGUUGGUUUACAAUAUUGACAUGAGCCAUUUCUGCCUUCAGGCUUAUGAAGACCAGAUGUAAGAACUUAAACAUUGGGAUUCUGAGAGAAAUAUGCUGACUCAAUUUUUUAUUGCCUUGAAAGUCAAACUUGGUAUUAAUAUCUCCUUCCAGAUGUUCCUGAAGGUCGAAUGCAAGCUUAUGGAUGGAGUCUUCCUGCCAAAUAUUCAACCGAAGUUGCUGAAGGUGGAAAGAGUCUUGUGUCUGUUCCUGUACCAGUCUACUGUCGUCCUCUUAAUCUUAAUGAUCCCGGGAUGAAGGUAAAUAUUGCAUCCUUAAAUUUCUUACAAAAGUAGCCCAAAGGCAUUUUACUCUAGUACAUCCUUGUCACUUGUGUUAAAAGGAAUUAAGGACCUUUUGGUUUGUCAUCAUUGUACAUUGUCUUUUUUGUAAGUAUUAACACAGUGGGGCAGCACCAGCUCUUAACAAAACUCUUAACAAAACCCCCUCCCCCAGUUCAGUUGUUGCUAGUUCUCUGCCCUUCUCCAAGAAAUUUUUUCCAGGGAACCCUGGUUUCCCCUCUCCUCAGAAACCACCACUUCUAAAUUCCAAUUCAAUCAGGAAUGCAUGUACAUGUUGAAAACAAUCUCUUAAGAACUCCUAAGUGCUUUGUGGGUUAACAAAGUACAAUUUAUAUAAAUUGUUUGUCAUUGUACAGAUCUGGUGUGCUGCUGGAGUGGACCUGUCUGGUGGUAGAACAAAAGAUGGUGGCUCAGCUAUUGGUGCAAGCAGUGUAUUCUACACAGAAAGUGCUCGUGACCAGGAAGAAGGAGAAAAGGACCUGCAACAUGAUCCUAAGGUGUCCAUGGUUUGGAUUGGAAGUAGUACACACUCUUGUAGCAAAGUCACAGUGGUGGAUGCGAACUACCCUCAGAAUAUUUUAGAUUGUUUUAUAGUGUGCACGUCGCAUCUCUUGUGUAUCACACCAGUCCCUGGUGCUUCAGAAGGGGAUUAUCAAAGCUCAGAGUGGACUGUUGAAGGUAUAUAUUGACCAUGUCUUUAUCUACCAGUAACCCCUUUCAUUCGUACACCCCACUACAAUAAUUAUGAGGGACUAAUUUCUCCUCAUUGAUCCCUGAUCCAGGGUUCUCAUUAAGUUUUGAAGUUGAUAGCUAGGAUGAUAAAGCAGGCAGCUUGGUAGUCAGUUGCUGAAGGCAAUCUCAAGCUCUCGCUCUCUGACCUUACCCUUUUCCCCCAGAGAGUAGGUAGCAUAAGAUAUGAAGUAGGCGGUUUUUUAGCUGGUUGUGGUGCACUUAAUGAGAACCCAGAUAAUCAAAGUCAAAUAAGCAAAUAUACCAUCUAUAUGUCAAAAUGUUGUUUCAAGCGUUCUUUUUUCAAGUGGAUUUUAUACUUAGAUGUUCAGCUGACUUUUUCUGUUAGAUCCACUUCAGACAAAUGGAGACAAGGCGGAUUCAACAGCAAGUUCAAGCAAGACAGGAUUUUCUGACCCACUAGGUAUGAUGGUAUUUACAUGGUUUCUAGAAGGAGAGAUCAGUGUAACAUGCUUGGAUUAAAAUGGCCACCUACCCCUCCCCUAAACCAGUAUUAAAACUAACUUAGGGCAAACUGUUGGUUUAAGGGAGGUGUGGGGAAGGGUAGGUUGGGAAUUUCCUAGAAUGUAGCAUUUUUAAGCAUUUUAUGAUGCACUUAUAAGUUCCUUUUUUAAAUAUCUUUCCAGUAGUAGUUUUGAUUUUUAAUACAGGACUGAGUUGUUCAAAGCUGGGUUAAGAUAACCCAGGGUUAGUGCGAGAUUUGCAUUCAGAUUUGAAAGCUUAAAAAGCAUUUCAGUUUUAAUUCUUUUUGUCUACAAGUUGAGAUUGGAAGCUCUAAAAAUAACAGGGAAAAUUAUCCGAGAAAAUGCGUUUGAACAUAAGAAAAAGGAAACUGGGGUUGAGCGCUAAUCGACCUUGAACAACUGGGCCUAGUUUGUAAAGAUUUUAAAAUAUAUCGUAACUCUUGAAUUAGUUCUUUCUGUAUCAAUGUAUUUGAUAAAAUUAUUUCAGGUGUCCAGGGACAGGGAUCAGAUGGUCCAACAGUGACAGAUAUAACAGCUGGAGAGAGUAUGUCGCCACUGGCUGGACACAUGGACGGAAUAGAGAAAAUGAGUAGUGUACUGCCCACAAUGUGGCUUGGAGCACAAUCAGGCUGGUAAGAGCAACAGCAUCCAUCUCUGCAUUACAUUUAACACUUUUUCUAAUUUUGAGAAAAUAGUUUUUUUUAUAAAGCCAAUUCUCAAAAAAAAGAAAUAGUAAAGCAUUUAGAAGCCAACAUGAUUCUAUAAAAUCAAUUUAAGUGUCUUCCAUUGACUUGUGGUAGUUCCCUUUGUCACUGGCCAUCUCUGAGAAAAGGGCUGCAAAAUUAAUAAUGUUUUUUUCCUUAAGGGACAUAUGUCCAGCUAAGACACCUGAACUCAGUUUGGGAGGCAUCAUGCAUCUUUAAUGAAAAUUGUGCAUAGUAGUUUCAGGAUUCCCUGGUUGACCGGUUAUUGCCACAUAUUCACUGCAACAUUGUUAUUUCAUUGGUACAACCAUUCACGUGCACUGAAGGUUGAUUAUGUUGAUUAUGUUGAAAUUUAAUGCAGUUAACAACAAGAAGAACCACCUCUUGUCAGUCAUCGGUCAAUGUGGUGGUGUAAGCAUGGUCAGCCUUGCUUGCAUCAGCUCCAUGUGCUUAGUACAAUGCUUUCAUGGAGACCACUUGCUUUGUUUAACCUUUGGAUUGUGCUUUUCCCCACCCCUUCCCCCUUUAUUUUUCCACUAAUAAAUCAGUGUGACAGGUGCCUGGUUCCAUUGGUAUGGGAGCUCGUGGCUGGAAGGUUCAGGUCUACCAGCCAUGGUAGCGUAACUCCCUCUAGGGACUGGCUUUGCCAAAAAUGGAAGUCUCUGGAAACAUUGUACGAUGAGGGAGUGUUAAUGUUAGCUCUGGGGCUGGUUAACAGCUUUCAGCCAGUCAGCCAGUCAGCCAGUCAAUGAGAUGUUAGUUGCCUUAGAGGGUAUCAAAGUACAAAGUAUAUUCAUUUUUUAAUUGCUUAAAUUAAUAUCCUGUUGCUUGUUUUUUUUUCUUGCAGUGUGUAUGUUCAUUCUGCCAUAUCUGACUGGAAGAAAUGUAUACACUCCAUCAGAUUAAAAGACUCUGUGCUUAGUAUUGUGUAAGUGUAUAAUGUUUUUAUUUAAAGAGAGGUGUAAUCUUGGCAGAACCUCCUACCCCCCCUUUGUAAAAACAAUGGGUAUGCUUCUGUAGGCUUUAUGGGAGGUUCAUACAUGACAAGUGUCCUGCAUACUGCUCGUAUAGAGCGGUUUUCAUUUGAGUAUCGUAAAACCAAAACCAAAGUAAUUACUCUAGCCAAUCACAAAGGACACAGACAAUACAGUGAACCAAUUAAAACUCGAAGUAAUUACAUGUAGCUGACGCAAAGCGCGGGAAAAUGCAUGCGAGCGUGACACAAUUGGUUUUGGUUUUCCUUCUGAUUGGAUAAAAAAGUGACGCGAAUCUUUUAAGCCAAUCACGUAGCGUAGUAAACGCAAAACCAAUUACCUUUCGACACUCAAAUGAAAACCGCUCUAAUCUAGCGAGUUAAUAGAUGAAGAAAGGUGGUAUCGUUAAGCUUGAUUAAAAGAUGUCACCAGUAUACCAUCCAUUUUUCUGGUUUCUGGACUUUGGAAAUAUUCCUUUAUAGGUGGUAUGAUUUUCCUGCAACAGAAAGUCUCUUCUAUUUUCAAGUCCCUUAUAAUAUUUCAAAAAAAAUUCAGUAGCCUUUUUCAGGAAUUUCAUUGAGGUUGUGCGGACAAUGCAAAAAAAAAGUGAGCAGGAAAAAAACAGCAAGUGGGUAGGGGGGGGGGGGGCAGUAAGAAGAUAUUGAUCAGGACUUUGUUGAAUUAUAGCGGAGAGACAUUGAGUCCUGUCAAUGUCUUUUUUUUAUUUUUUAAUUCAAUGCUUUGUUUUUUUCCAGUUAUGUUAAUUCUCGUGUAUUAGUUGCCUUGGCGGACGGUACAGUUGCUAUCUUUCACAGAGCUUCUGGUAAGUUAAUAUUAGGGCCAUUUAUACGAGGAAAAAUAAGACGCGUCUUACAUAAGACGCGAACUUUCCGUAUAAACGGCACAUUUCGUCUAAAAUAAGACGCGGCUUAGCUAAGACGCGUCUUAUUAGAUAAGACAUGCUCGUAUAAACGGUACAAUUCGCGUCUUAUUUUUGCUCGUAUAAAUGGCCCUAUUGUAGUGAGCUUUAAUAAACUUGAAUAAAACAAAUUGAUCUGUCCACGAACAAAUAAUACAGUAAAAAUUAAACCUUGGACUGUGGAGAUUAUACCAGCCUGCGGACACGGACGUAUUUCCAUUCGUCGCUUUUCUCCACCCAACCGGUCAACAUGACUGGCGAGUGGAGCUUUUGGCCGUCAAGACGCCAUUCUGGCCAGAAAUGGUCUGCUGACCGGUCGUUAUUUUGAACCCUGUGUCAUUACUGGGGUAACUGUAGCGUAAAGGGUAUGAACAGAUCAGUCUUGUCGUGCAAGUUGCACAAAGUAUCAUCAAGACAAAACCACAAGUGAACAUGUUUGUUAUUUAUUUCAGAUGGCCAGUGGAACUUUAACAACUAUCAUUUGCUGGAUUUGGGCCGGCCGCACCACUCUAUACGCUGUAUGUCUGUAGUGCAUGAUAAAGUAUGGUGUGGAUACCGCAACAAAAUCCAAGUGAUACACCCACGCAGCAUGAAAGUUGAGGUACAACAGUAUAGUUUAAUGGCCUUUUUUCGAUGGCUGACAGCAGCUUCAUUUAUUAGCACUUCUUCGUUGAUUGUUCAAUACUGCUACUCAUUUUUCACAAACUUGGGGAAUGGGUUCAGUGCCACCUUAAAGGAGCUGUGUCACGAAAUUCAGUCAAAUUAGGAAGUCACAAAAUGCCCGUUAAAUUAAGAGAAACAUAAAAAUAACCGCUUAAAACUUUAAAGGAAGGUUAAAAUAACAUAACAGAAACAACAGAUGCCACCGAUGGGCAAAACUGAAGAAGACUGAAACGGAUUGAAAUUAGGGUUUUUGAAAACUGUUCAGCCUAACAGUUUUUCAAAGUUGAUCCCUGCUGCUUGCAACUUCAAAAAUAAUGCUCAGGAGAUAUAUUUGUUUGUCUAGGAUCUCUGAUUUUGUCAUUUACAUGUAAUUUCUUUGCUUACUUUAAGUUCCAUGGCGAUUGAGGGCGAGUAGUUGGCAAAAUUAAACAAAAUGAACUGGACUGCCGUGACACAGCCCCUUUAAGUUUUCAAAAAAUAAGGUGGCUCUUUACCUUAACCCGAAGGAGAAUGCAUAACUUAUUUUGUAGUUCAAAAGGUCAAGGAGAGCACUGUUCUACUAUAUUUUUCAGAAAACUUUCGAUGCUCACCCGAGGCGUGAGAGUCAAGUCCGUCAGCUUGCAUGGAUAGGAGAUGGUGUGUGGGUGUCUAUUCGUCUGGACAGUACACUGAGACUGUACAAUGCUCACACGUACCAUCAUUUACAGGACAUUGAUAUUGAACCGUACGUCAGCAAGAUGCUCGGUAAGCGCUUCUUUUCUUUCCACUUAACCCUUCUCAACCUGCGAAUACACUGAAUUCAACACGGCCGUCUCUCCUUUUGUCGACGCUUCUUAAAUCUCAUAUGGCGACAUUGAGUUUUGGCCGUUGAAGUAAAAACUCUGUAGAGUGCACUUUCAUUCGGUUACAUUUUCUUUUUAGCAUUUUAGACACAUGGUAGCCUUGCCACCAACUAAAUCGCCAACAAGAAUAGAACUUAGCAUAGUAUUGUUUUGAACCUUAAUGUACGGAAAUUUCUUAACCGUUACUUUAUUUUCAUAUUUCAAAGAAAUGACUAGUGGUUGUAAAACGUUUCUGCCAGUUUAUAAAUCUAUGAAAUGUCAAAGUUUACAUUCACUGUACCUAUGCAUGUAUUGUUAGUAUUCGCAAUAUCAAGAGCAUAAGACGUUCGACACAAGAAUCGUCGAUUAGGAUCGACAGAUUUGUAUUUUGGUCGACUUCAGAUUCGAAUAAGCUUGACGAAAAAGUAAAAAUCUUAGGUAAGUAAUCCUAGGCAUUAAAAUGUGUCAAUUUUUGCAGAAUUAUUCGUGGCGAUUCGUUUGUGGGGCGAGAUGACCGUAAACCAUUUUGUUUCACCUCUGUGUCCUCACUUCCCGACCCAGUGGUCCAAAGAUUCGUUAGAACUGAAACUGUCUUCGUUAUUCUUAUUUUGCGUCUGUUAAUUUUAUUUCAGGUACAGGAAAGUUAGGCUUCUCGUUCGUUCGUAUCACGUCACUGAUGCUAACCAACGAUCGUCUCUGGGUAGGAACCGGAAAUGGCGUCAUUCUCUCCGUUCCUCUUGUUGCUGCUCGUCCCGCAAGGGAUGACGGGGAUGCAGCAACAAGUUCCCCAGGGACGGGAGGGACAGGAGGUCCUGGAGGAGCAGUUAGAGUAUACAGUAAUGAAGGCAAAGAUGGCGAGGCACCCAGGGGAUCAAGCUUUAUGCCUUACUGUUCUAUGGUGAGUUGAUUGCAGCUUAUCAAAAACUCCAAAAUCUCCAUUAUACACUUACACAUUGGGUGUUUUGUUACAUUCCUAGACUUUCACUUCAACGGCGACAAAGAAUAAAGAACGAAUUAAGCAAUGUCGACUCGGUACUUAUAAGGACACAUUUUAUUUUCUCAAUCGUUGAAUGAAUGAUUUACAUUUUACUUUCCCUGUGUUAUUUGCCUCUUGUUCCUCCACUAGCCGCUGUUUCUCUUCUUGGAUAACUUCGAAAAUCAUUGCACUUUCAUUGCGACUCCAUGUUUGUGUUGUUGUAUUGAUUCACGAAAGUGAAAGUUUGAAAUGUUUUUUGCCGCCUUUCGUCACGCGUCUUUUCUUCAUGCUCUGAUCACGUGCUGUUACAUUCUGAGUGUAAGUGGGGAACAAUUGCUCAAAUGAAUCACUAUCAGGAAACAUUUGAAUUUAUUCAGGUCCACGUGACUAAGAAUCAAUCAAUGACGGUCCCUGUUUAGUUGAGUGAAAGUCGAGGGAUAUAGCAAUGAAGACUUACUUUUUACUGUCUAACACCUUGUGGCUAACUUUGUUUCAGGUGAACGCGCAGUUGUCAUUUCACGGUCACCGUGACUCGGUCAAGUUCUUUGUAGCGGUACCGGGUGCCAUGAAGAAAGUACCUCAACCCGCUACCUCGUCCUCAAGGUCAGCAAGUCCCAGUGGACUGUCGGCCAAGUCCAGCCCGGAGAGGGCUGUAACCGAGGCCAUGCUAUUGGUGUUGUCUGGUGGAGAGGGUUACGUAGACUUCCGGUUAGGAGACGGCGAGGAGACUGCCUUGGAGGAACAAGGAGGCGAUUUGAUAUCUGUCACAACUCGAGGCCAAUCAACCAAUGAGAGGAGUCAUAUCAUGGUUUGGCAGGUGUCAAUCACAUGAUAGCUUUCUUGCUGAACAACACAGCGGUAGAUAAUAAAUUCUUCAUAAUUAUUUCUGGAAGCGCUUUUUAUUUGUAGGUAGGCAAAUUGAUUCAUUUCACGGCGUAAGUUUAUUAAUUUGCAUUACACGUAGUCUGUUCAAAGCUUCCCUUUUGCACGAUUAUCGGGAACGAGCACCUACUUCUUGGCUUCAAAUAUACCGAGUCUCAACCUCGUCCCCUGAGUUUGCCUUGUCCCUAGGCUUCAUUAUUGUGCGCGGUUGAUGUGUUUCGGGUCACGUGGACCGAGAAAGUUUUUGAGUCGGAUACGUCACCGAAAUGCAUUGACCGAGAAGGUCGCUCGUAACGGUGAGCGCUCAAUCUCGACGAUCUUACGAAAAAUUUAUAGGGUACUGUGAACAGUCUACAUUACCCGUGUAUAAAAUACACUCCCAAGUUUACAAAGCUUCAUUUUAGCACCAUAAAAGACGAUUUAUGUUAAAUAUUGAGUCAUCAUAUUACAUAAAUUUGUAAAUAAUUUUCAAACUAAUUUCUAAAGUUUCAGAAAGUAUUUUUGGUGGUCCGUUAAAUUAACUAUUAACGCUAUUUUGUCAGUUGUAUUACCUACCGUCUGACUAGUCUAACUUAUAUAAUACAAAUCAUUAUAUCAUAUACAAUUAUUAUUAUUGCGGGUUAUGUCCAAGGUCAUAUUAGUCCUAGUGCGAAUCAAAAAGUGGUUCAUCAAAGUUAUAAAUGACACAAAAAUGUAAUGUUUAUUCUCCAGGGAAAGUUGUACCUUCCGUAGUGAAUUAUACUGUAUGGCUCAAAGAAAAAUAGUUUGGUUUCUUCACCUUAUAACAAAAAAAUUUCGGAGGAACAUCGAGUGUUCUGUACAAUGUCUUGUGGAAAGUUCCAAGGGUUAUUUACCUUGCAAGCAGAGGUUUCUUUCUGGAAUGGCUUUAGCAUUUACAAAGUCUUUCGCGUCGCUUGCUAGUCGCGUAGUUUUUUUUACCCGACGGACAAGCCACGCGAACGGCCUUAAAAAUAUCAAAAAACCACAGGAAGGAACCCCUUCUCGCAGGGUAAGGGUCAUUCUGAGAUGCGUACAAAAACUGAUGGUUCCCUUUCCACCCCUUUCAAAUGAUACAAAUACAUCUUAAGCCUUUUCUCUCAAGUCCAAAUUAUGUAUUAACUUUUGUAAUUUUCAACCAUUUGUAGUUUGAAAGUUGCGACCAAUCCUUUUGGUUUUGAUCUUGAAAAAUAUUGAGUAAUAUAUGUUUUUAGACUUUAGUGAAAUAGUUAUUUUUUCGUAUAAUUUCAGAAUCUCGAUUUUUGUACACGGGUGAAAAGGCAAAGAUGCUUGCAAGGAAUUUGGUUGUAAGCAUUUCCUCUUUCGUCUUUCAUGGUCUUAGAUCCUGAAAUAGUUUUUUUCAAUAACAAGUAAUAAAAAGAGAAAAAAGGCAACCUAGACCUUACAAGAUUUAUUUAUUGUCUAUAGUUUUGCUCUUCACUUUAUUAUCUGGGGCUUAACAAAUAUAUUAGAAGAUUCAUUCCAAACUCCUUUACUUUAAACAUCGCUGUCAAUAUACUAUAGUAGUAAAUGAACAAAUUCAGCAGGACAAAAGAUCUGUCUGAGACGUAAACAAUAAAACAUGC